AUGGCGUCCGAGAUCCUCCGGCUCCUCGCGAUUCUCUGGCGGCUUGCUCUGGUUCAGCACGGAAGUCCUCCGGCUCCCUGCGACUUGCUCCCGUUCGGCACGGUCGGAGCUCCGUCGGCGUGGCAGGUUCUGGAUGAGGGUGACGAAGAUGCGCGAGCUCGGCAGGGUGGGUGGACGCGGCGCGAGCUCCCCGGCAGCCGCGCACGAGCAGACGACCUCAUCUUCGCGCUGCGCUGCAGGCCCGGGUCCCCGCCGCCGACGACGUCGAGGAAGGCGCGAUCCACACCGAGCAGCACGAGGUGCGACGCCGCGCCCGGGAUCUCCGUCGUCGCUCUCUGCCAUCUCGGUUGGGGAUCUCCGUCGUCGCUAGGACCUCCCUGCGUGCGGCCGGCCAUCUGCUCCGUGGCGACGGCGAGGCUCCAGGCACACCGGAUCUAG